CACGCAGCGCUCCCACUCUCCCUCCUGAAUAUUCUUGCGUAUUAAAUGGACGGAGACCGACCCUCGCGCGGGAGGUGUUUGUGCUGCUAGUUCUGAACCUGGAAGACGGCCUAUUUUCCUUGCUCCCACAACCAAAAAUGGCGUCGCAGUCCGAAAUCUUGCUCAGAGCCGUCUCUCGUCUCUUAGGAUGGAUAUAUACGCUAUGUUGGUCGGCCUCGUUCUAUCCUCAGCCCUGGCAGAACAUCCGAAGACGAUCGGUCGCGGGGCAGUCUAUUGAUCUUCCCACCCUCAAUGUGUUGGGAUUUGUGGCGUACACAGUAUAUACAACUGCCUUUCUUUGGUCUCCGGUGGUACGCGAGCAGUAUGCGGCCCGUCAUCCCCAGGCAGCAGAACCGACCGUUCGGUUCAACGACUUUGCGUUUGCCUUCCAUGCGAUGAUCAUGUGUGUGAUCAUCUACUCGCAGUUUUGGCCGCAGAUUUGGGGCUUCAAAGUCUUUCGGUUCCAGACCGCCAGCAAGCCGAUCUUAGCUCUCUUCUGGGGCUCGUUGCUGGCUGUCGCCAUUGUUGUUGGCAUUGUUCUCCAAAGGAGCCCCGACGGCGGCUAUGACCCGUCGAGCUGGGCAUGGAUUGAUGUGAUGUACGCCUUUUCCUAUGUCAAAGUCGUUGCCACUGUAGUUAAAUACGUCCCUCAGGCGUGGCUCAACUACAAGCGGAAAUCAACCAUUGGCUGGAGCAUUAUCACAAUUCUUUUCGAUCUGUCUGGCGGUAUCCUUUCCUUGCUUCAACUCGUCAUUGAUUCAGCCCUCGAAAACGACUGGAGUGGCAUCACGGGUAACCCGGUCAAGUUUCUUUUGGGGAAUGUGUCCAUCUUCUUCGAUAUCAUCUUCAUUGUUCAGCACUAUAUCUUGUAUAAAAACGCCUCGGAAGCCGACGACAAGAUCUUUGGUCGUCCGAGUCUGAUUACCCCAUUGCUGUCUGAGCCAGACGAGUUGUCAAGGGCUGCUCACACUUAAUGCAGUGAACAACCUGGAGGAUCAUUGCAUCCUUCUAGCGUGUCCUGUCUCAAGAGUGUUUUUUUUUUUUGGGCUUCCUAAACCUGUCGGUGUUUAAAUUUAUAUAUAGAUAUCACCGUCUUGGAAAUGAUCUUCGUUCUGGUCCCCGAAAAAAGAAACCCGGUCUCGUCAUCAAUCCUAAUUAGAUCGAGGAUGUAUCACAUCUUGGCUUUGGCAUGGAAUUUGUCACCUGGUCUCUGGUGAUUCAAAGUACCUGUUCCCUAGAUUGGUAGGUAGUCAACGCCCGGAUUACUGGCAGUGCAUCUGUGGAUUGGGAGCCUCCGGUAUUUCUAUUCUAAUUCUAAUGUUUUUUGCC